CAGCCUGCCAGCUCAGCUGACAGCAGCAGCAGAUGAUGAUGGCAGACUGCGGGACUAACGAAGAAGAAGUAGCUGUGAUCGGUAACACCGAUAUCACUCCGUCAGAAUCCGACAACAACAUUAUAAACACGAUGGUGGAAAGAGGGACAGCUCUGUUGAAAAAAAUGGAGAUAAAUGUGGCGGAAGCAGAGAAGAGAACAGGGAAGAACACAGUUAACAUGCAGGAAACCUAUACAGUCUACCUCAUAGAAACAAGGCCAGCUGAAACCGUUCCAGAGGGUGGUACACCUGCCACACCUGACACUUUGUGGAGACGCUACAGUGAGUUUGAGUUGCUCAGAACUUACCUGCUGGUAGCCUACCCCUACAUCAUCAUCCCUCCACUACCAGAGAAAAGGGCUGAGUUUGUGUGGCACAAGCUGUCAGCAGACAACCUCGACCCAGACUUUGUUGAGCGGCGGAGAGUGGGCCUUGAAAACUUCCUGCUGCGUGUUGCAUCACACCCUGUCCUCUCCAGCGACAAAAUCUUCUUCCUCUUUCUGACAGAGGAAAAAGGAUGGCGGGAUGCCGUUUUGGAGACAGGUUUCCAAGACAAGGCAGACUCCAGACUCAAGUCUCUGAGUGCCAUGUUCAGAGUCAAGAACCCUGACAAGCGGUUUACAGCGCUGAAACAGUACAGUGAUGAGCUGACCACCGUCAUCUCUCAGCUACUGAGGGUUCGAGCGAAAGUAGCAGACCGGCUGUAUGGAGUUUACAAGGUUCACGGUAACUACGGCCGAGUCUUCAGUGAGUGGAGUGCUAUUGAGAAAGAGAUGGGAGACGGACUACAGAGUGCUGGACACCACAUGGACACGUAUGCUGCAUCAAUAGACGACAUUCUGGAGGAAGAGGAGCAUUACGCCGACCAACUGAAAGAAUACCUUUUCUACACUGACGCUGUCAGGUCAGUAUGUAGGAAACACGAGUUGAUCCAGUAUGAAUUGGAGAUGGCAGCUCAGGACCUCGCCCAUAAGAAACAACAGAAAGAAGAGCUGGCUACCGGGACAGUGCGUGUCUUCUCUCUGAAGGGAAUGACCAGUAAACUGUUCGGCCAGGAGAGCCAGGAGCAGAGGGAGAGCAGGUUGGCAGCCUUGGAGCAAAGUAUCCAGGAGGGAGAGGAAAUGCUGAAGGAGAAGAACUCAGAGUGCCAAGAGUUUGUGCGAACUGCCUGGGAAGACAUCGAACGCUUCAAGGAGCAGAAGGACAAAGAUUUGCGUGAAGCACUAAUCAGCUAUGCCAUUAUGCAGAUCAGCAUGUGUAAGAAGGGAAUCCAGGUGUGGUCCAACGCCAAGGAGUGUUUCAACAAAAUGUGAGCCGCUCUGCUGCACCAAAACAAUAAUCAAUCACAUUGUUCAGAGUGGGACCGUCAUUAAACAGCAGCGUUUUGGAGAUGGACUAUCAAAGCCCAAAUACUGCCCUGUAGAACCUGAUAAUGUAGGAAAUUCCCGAUAAUGUAAUAACCCCAAUAAUGUAAUAAAAAUCUGCACUUGAGUCCAUUGAAAAUGUAAUAAAACCUGAUAAUGUAAUAACUUCCCGAUAAUGUAAUAAAGUGCAUUUCCCAAUA